UAACAAUUCGCGGGAUUCCGCGAAGUUGCCCGCACUAUAUCAACCACAGCCCUCGCCGCUAUGAAUCCCGCCCUCUCUAAGUUUAUGCUUGCGCGCACUCCCGAACGCAUCCUCCAUCCAACACCCACAAUGAAUACCCCGCUACCCCUCAACACCGGCGCCACCAUCCCAGCCCUUGGGCUCGGGACGUGGCAAUCGGAGCCAGGCCAGGUCAAGGCUACUGUUAUUCACGCCAUUGAGUCCGGUUACAGACACAUAGACUGCGCUUUUUGCUACCAGAACGAGGACGAGGUGGGAGAGGCGCUUAAGGAGGUGCUGGCGAAGAAGGUCGUGAACCGGGAAGAGCUGUUUAUCACCACGAAGCUGUGGUGCACGUUCCACACGCGGGUUGAGGAGGGACUAGACAAGAGCUUGAAGGCGCUGGGAUUGGACUACGUCGACCUCUUCUUGGUGCAUUGGCCGGUACCGAUGAACCCCAAGGGAAACCACCCCCUCUUCCCCAAGUUCCCCGAUGGCUCGCGUGACCUCGACAAAUCAAUUACCCAUGUGGACACAUGGAAGUCUAUGGAGAAGCUCCCGGAGACCGGCAAAGUAAAGGCUAUUGGCGUGGCCAAUUACUCUGUCAAGUUCCUUGAGGAACUUUUGCCGAACACCACCAUCACGCCCGCUGUCAACCAGAUCGAAAACCACCCUUAUCUGCCCCAACAAGAAAUCGUAGACUUCUGCAAGGGCAAGGGAAUCCACAUCACCGCAUAUAGUCCUCUCGGAAGCACAGGAAGCCCACUGAUGAAGGAAGAGGUUGUGAUCGAAGUCGCGAAGAAGCACUCGGUUGAGCCGGGAGCAGUGCUGCUAAGCUACCACGUUGCCCGCGGCUCCUCCGUCCUCGUGAAAUCAGUAACACCCGCCCGCAUUGAAUCGAACCGCAAACUCACCUCCCUCGAUGACGACGACAUGGAGAAGCUAGAAGGCAUAUCCAAAGCGAAGGGCUUCACGCGUUUCGUAUACCCACAAUUCGGUGUAAACCUAGGCUUCCCAGAUAAGCAGUAGGUGCUGGAGGUGCUGCGUCGAGACGGGGGUUGAUGUUAGACCGUAGGAUACCCGCAUCCGUGCUAUAGAUAAAAGUAAAAUUAUAGAAGCGCCAAAGGAGUGAUAAUCAAUGGAGGUACAGUAC